UGGCGGAAGGUGGCACUUCCUGCUCCGACCCGGGCGCAUAGGGACGGUGUGUGCCGGGAAACUAUCAGAUGGUUGACUCGUCGUGAGCUGACGGCUCUUGUGGGCGGGGGGACGCACGUCGGCCAGUGGCUGCCGUAGAGCGGAGGCGGAGAAGCCAAAGAGAGGAGCAGGAACAGCCCAGCCGGAAAGCGAGAGACGCCAGAGGGACUUGCUGUGGGCCAACCGGCCGGUCGGCAGGGAUGGAAGCGGAGAAGAUGGACGAGAAUGAAUGGCGCUACCACGGCGAAGGCAACAAGAGCCUCGUCGUCUCACACAGGAAGCGUUGCAUAGUCCUACGUUUCUUGAAGUUUCCGCCAAAUCGAAGCAAGACACCUGAAGAGAUCUUUCACCAACUUCAGAAUAUAGUACACUUUGGCAAGCACAUUAUGAAGCAGUUUUUUGGGGAGAAAUAUGUUCAUUACGGGGAGGUUGUUCACCUAUCUUUGGACUUUGUAAGACAGCUUUGUUUAAAAAUCCAGUCAGAGCGGCCAGAGUCUCGCUGUGGUAAAGACAUGGAUGCUUUUAGUGGCUAUGCUAUGUGCCUUCCUAACCUCACCAGGCUACAUUUUGUUGAACAUCGGCCGAUACUUUGUGUGGAGAUAAAACCCAAAUGUGGGUUCCUUCCAUUCUCCAGCCAUGUUUCACAAGAUAUAAAACACAAAGUAUGUCGUUACUGCAUGCAUCAGCAUCUUAAGGUAGCAAAAGGAAAGUGGAAGCGGCCUAGUAAAUACUGUCCACUAGAUCUCUUCUCAGGAAAUAAACAGCGAAUGCACUUUGCCUUGAGAAGCCUGUUACAAGAGGCUCAGAAUAACUUAAAAAUAUUUAAGAAUGGUGAGCUAAUUUAUGGUUGUAAAGAUAAUGAGGACUCGCUCUCUGACUUGAAUGAACUUGCUUGCCACCUGAAGCCUUUCUUCUUUCCUUCAAAUGGCCUAGUCAGUGGGCCUCAUUGUACACGGACGAUUUUGAAAGAAUUAAUCCACGUAAUCACAACGACACUGUUGAGUAGCACAGAUGACUGCAAAGCAGGGGAUAUGAAGAUGGUUCCUACCUCACAAGGAAGGAGUUAUUGUGAAGCCAGUGCUUUCACGAAAGAGCUUUUAAGAAAUGGUAAAAAUAAAAUGGAGACCACUGGUUUGCCAAGGGAUUGCCUGCUGUACAAAACACUUCAGGUGCAGAUGUUGGACUUGCUGGACAUUGAGGGCAUUUAUCCAUUGUACAACAGAGUAGAGCAACAUUUGGACGAGUUUCCGAAAGAGAGGAGCAUGUUGCAGAUAGAUGGGCUUUAUAAUGAAUCCUUCUAUGAAAAGCUGCUAGACCUCUCAGCAGAAGAUGAUGGAACAGUAGAGUAUGCGUGGAAAAAGGUUCAACAGUACAGAGUUGCAAUGACAGCAAAGGACUGUUCCAUUAUGAUUGCUCUUUCACCUUGUCUGCAGGAUGAAUGUUCAGAGCAGAGGCUGGUGGUUCCAACAUCAAAAUCAAGAUUCAUCUUUUCACUCUCGGUCCUGGACUUAGACCUUAAGCCAUACGAAAGCAUUCACCAUCAGUACAAAUUGGAUGGAAAGAUAGUAAACUAUUAUUUGAAAAACACACAGGCCAAAGAUGACUCUGUGAUGUCCAGUCUCUUGAAGGAGAAUGAAAACUGCACACUGGUUCUCCACAAAAUGUAACUGGCUAAAUUUUUGAGCACAGAAAGGAAGGAUUAAGUUACGUUGGUUUUCUUUUGGUUUCAUUUGUACUUUAAACUUGUAUGCCUUUUAGAAACACAGAACACCACUAAAUCCACCUUUUCCGUACGUAACCUUGAAGGAAUGCAUUCAUUAUAAAACAGACAUGUGCCAUACCUUACAUCCACUGAUGAGCUGAAUUCUAGGGGAGCAGAGAUGGUUUCACCAAAUGACAAUUAUUGAGCACAGUAGUGAAUGCUUUUGACUUACUACUUCAGUGCAGGGAGCCCGAAUUUAUGGGAGGUGUGCUGCUUCAUCUGUGGACUUAUAUGUGAGUGAACAUAUGGGGCUGCCUACAUUGUAGCUUGCACAUUAGCAGAAAUAUUUUUCAUUGGCUUGUAAGAAAAAUGUUCCCUCUAGUAAGCAAAGCAAUGUAGUGGUGACUGUCCAGAAAGCAAUUGGAAAAAAAUGCAGAUACACUUACAAAACAAGAGACCAUUCAUUUUUGGGUGUGGAGGAAAGCUGCCUUAAUUUACUCACUUGGAGAAGUCAUCUAAAUAACAAUUCUUAUACAGUAGGUGUUGCUAUUAAAACUUCAAGUUUAAUCACUGAAUCACCCUAGAACUUUUGAGUGAUUUUUAAUUCCCCCUCCCACCUAUACCGUUCACUGACACACCAUCCAGUACAGCAAGUUUUUAUUGUACUGGAAGGCAGUGACUUGGUAAUGUUAAAUAUUGGCUUUGAAUUUUUCUGAGUGAUAGGCUUAUUCUUCCUCUACCUGUAGUCUUUUUAAAGGUUCCUUUUAGGCAUUGAAAACGUCCUGUUUGUUCUUCCAAGGAUUGGAGUGAAAACCUCAUUAGUAGUCAAGCAUAUCACAGAGUAAGAUCUAUGUAUUGAAACUUACCUCUUGUUAAAUAGGCAUUAAGGGACAUUCUAGAAGUAUCUUUGCAUAACUUGUAACCAUCCUUUGCCAACUCUUAUGUACCACAAUAGGAAAACUUGCCUCAGGCUUGGCAGAGUGUGUGGUGUAUUUGCUGAGCAGCUUUCUGCACUAGGUGAAGAGUCCCCUGCUGCUGUACAAUGACGGGAGGUUGGACUUGUGCUUAUAGGAAUGUUACUGUUUUGCUGAAUUUUUGAAGUUCCAUUAUUAUUGUCCAGCGAGUUGGUGAAAACCUUCCUCUAAGUGGGUGGGGGACUUCUUCAUGGAACAACUUCAGAUUUACAGCUGCUUCAGUCAGAUCAAGAACAAUCCAGAGGAAACAUCUGUUAUUUUAGACUAGGCUUUUAGUGGAUAGAUGUUAUAACCUUAUUCAUGUUGUCAUUGAUCUGACUUUCCUCCAUAUCUGUCUUUGUCCACAUGCAUAUUUCCUGGACACCCAAAAAGCUGCUAUAGUAAUGUGAAAUGUAGUGGCAAUUCAGAAUGUAGGUCAUCUUAACCCUUCUCAUAAUAGUGUUUUUAAUUUUAAUAUUUGGUGGCUCCUCCAUCAGUUCUCAAAUUUGUCUUAUUCUGCUGUCUGUCCAGGUUAAUUAUAUAAUUUGAUUGUAGAGACUGCAGACCUGAAUUCACUGGCUGUCAAGGAGCCCAAAUGCAAUUUAGGGCACAUCUCUGAUUGCAGCAUUGGGUUGAAUCCAGUAAACCCACACCUGUUGAUUGGCUAAUUACAUUUAUUAGCUACCUAAGAAAAUAGCUGUAGUAUUUAGAUUGUACCUUGGUUGAGUAAGGCUAUAUCUCUUAAUCUGUAAAGCUUGCUUAAGGAAAUUGCCAGUCCCGUCUUUCCCUAAAUCAAGCAAAAAAGGAAACGAAACAGCUGGAUGCUGUGCAUAACAGUGAUACUGUGCACUAGAUUCAUAUAGCCCAUGGAAAACAUAGAUGGUCUGAAGUAGGUCAGACUUCAUAUAAAUCAUCUUGGGAUAGAGAGCUAAGUGAGUUAAUAUACUAUUUUUUGAGGUGCUGUCAGUUUUAGAUGAUGACUAGGUGCUAAACAUUGAAAAACAUAGUUUGCUUUAUGUAGUAAUUACUGCAGCUCUUUAAAAAGAGCAGUGGGAAACUUGACAUGGGAACUAAAUUUGUGACUACAAGGAACAUCUAGCAGAUCUGAGCCUUGAAACAAGAUAGUAGUACAUCUGGUACAAGUCUUAUGUGGGGGUCAGUGUUGUGGGUAUCUGUCUUGUAUGGGCAGUUCUGAAUUGAAACACAUGGCAUUCUGUACAUUGUAACUUCUAUGUUUAUUGAUCCAUUGUAAAAUUACAAUUGUUUUAGCAGAGAGGUAUGUUAAACACACGGUUCAGUCACAGGCCAUGGGAGAAGGUAUAGUUAUGCUACUGUAUUGAAUCACUUUUUUUGUAUCUUAACCUUGAUUUCCCUAGGAACUUGUGAUUUUUCAGUAUCAUUGUCUUUCAACAAAUCACUGUUACAUACACAGCUGUGAACUGAAACUGCCACUUUUUAUAGACUUGAAUUUAUCAGGUAGAUUUUAAGGGGUUCCAGGAAAUGCUAUGGACAGGAAGAAAACCACUUUGGUACAUUGAUUCAGAGUUAACAUUUUGAUUGAAACUCGCUCUACUUGUAUCUACUUUAUUUGGCAUUUUGUAUUUAAAAGGCUGUAUUUAUUUCUCAUGACAAUUUAUAUAUAAAUGUGCCAUAAUUGUACAGAUAGCAUGUUUUAUGGGUAUGGUUUCUAAAUGGAAAAUAACUUAAUGUUUAUAUUCAAUAAAACUAUAGAUGCAUAA